AAAGUAGUAAGCUCAACUCAAUUUAGAAUCGUGUGGAACCUAAAUGAGUCAAUUAUAACGUUAAUUUUUGUGUGAAUUUCUUUUGUGUGCAAAAUUCCUGACCACUUGGUGGACUCUUGUCACGUUCCAUGUGAUGCAUUUUGAAUGCACACUUGAAGCUAAAACUGCACCUGCCUACAGUCACGUUCCAUUGUCCAGGGAUGUAUGAUCCGACUGAACUCUUCAGAAAUGCAUGGAUGACUCACAGCCAUCAUUGUGAUUUCUCCCCCCACCCCACCCCGACUGAACCGGACCGCGCGCUGUCAUCUCAGACAGUGAGCGCCUCAAGCAAGGUGCGCUGCAACACUUCAAACAUCAUCAUCAUCAUUUUUCCGAGACCCGGGAAGAUGUGCCACCGCAGCAUCCCUCAUCCCCUCGUCUUCCUGCAGGGAAGCGUGAGUGGAGCCUUGCCGAUAUGGGUGGGGGUGGGUUGUGAAGUGAGUGAGUGAGUGGGUGUGAGGUGGGGUAGCGGAUAGCAACAAGAAUCAGAUAGCGAGAGGCAGCGGAGGGAUUCGGGACUGCAGCGUCUUCAUCAUCCAGACUCCCAAAAUGUCCGACGUGGAGGAUUUGGCCGGACCGGGCGUGCAGCUCAACGCGUCGGGGAGCUACACGCCGAACCCGGCCAGCGUGAUCGUAUCAGUGGUCUUCUCGCUCAUCUUCUUGCUGGGCACGGUGGGCAACAGCCUGGUGCUGGCCGUGCUGCUGCGCAGCGGCCAGGUGGGCUACAACACCACCAACCUGUUCAUCCUCAACCUGAGCAUGGCCGACUUCUUCUUCAUCAUUUUCUGCGUGCCCUUCCAAGCCACCAUCUACUCCCUGGACGGCUGGGUCUUCGGCUCUUUCAUGUGCAAGGCCGUGCACUUCUUCAUCAACCUCACCAUGUAUGCCAGCAGCUUCACACUGGCCGCCGUCUCCGUCGACAGGUACUUGGCCAUCCGCUACCCGCUGCGCUCCCGAGAGCUGAGGACACCGUGCAACGCAGUCGUCGCCAUGGUGAUCAUUUGGGGCCUCUCCUUGGUGUUCGCCGGGCCCUACCUCAGCUACUACCACCUGAUCGAUUUCGCCAACAGCACCGUGUGCAUCCCCGGCUGGGAGGAGCGCGACCGCAAGCUCCUGGACACGUGCACCUUCCUGUUCGGUUACGUCAUCCCCGUGCUGAUCGUCAGCCUGUCGUACACGCGCACCAUCAAGUACCUGUGGACCGCCGUGGACCCCUUGGACGGCAUGUCGGAGUCCAAGCGGGCCAAGCGCAAGGUGACCAAGAUGAUUAUCAUCGUGACGGUGCUCUUCUGCAUCUGCUGGCUGCCCUAUCACGUGGUUAUCUUGUGCUACUUGUACGGCGACUUCCCCUUUAACCGGGUCACCUACGCUUUCCGCCUGCUGUCGCACUGCAUGGCCUACGCCAACUCCUGCGUCAACCCCAUCGUCUACGCGCUGGUCUCCAAGCAUUUCCGCAAGGGAUUCAAGAAGGUCUUUAGCUGCCUGCUUAGCAACAACAGACGCAACAAGGUCCACGUGGUGCACGUGGCCAACACCGUGCCGGGUUUCGAGGCGGCCUCCACCGAGGUGUCGCAGAUGAACGAGGAGAACGCCAGGCAGAACGAGUGCGAGAUGACCAACAGGCGCCCGGUCGAACCCCGGGAGCCUACGGUCACGCUCAACCUGCCCUUUCAGCACCCUACCUGAAAAUACUGUGCUCUCGUCCUCGUUAGCUGAGCUGGAGCUGACUUUUGGCAAGAGAGCUGGACCAGCAGAUUGCAGGACACAUGCGCAAAGAACAACUCACAGCUUCCCAUCCAUCUCCUAUUUGGAACCUCUCCCAAAAGUAGAGACUGGCAAGUACUGAUACGAGUCAGGCCCGUGUUAGCCGCAUUUCAAAGUAUCUGGUCCUCUCCUUCUAAAUGUAGCGAAAACUGCUAACAAUUCAGCUCAGAUACCUGUUAAAAAGUCCGUCUAGGUCUUUCAAAAUAUCUGUGAAUGUAAAAUACCAGGAGUAAAACUGGCUUGAAAUGACGUCGUGAACGUUCGACUCAAAAGUGCUUUCACCUUUUUUGCCUUAACCAUCCUCCGCACUUUAUACCACCGACAAUUAGCAGGAUUUUGUUGGCAAAAAAUAUGAGUUGCAAACUGACUUGUUUAGCUUUGUUGAAAAAUGCGCAGGUGUUUAUUUUUAUAUUUUGAACAAAAUAUGAGACAGCACUUCAUUUUUGUCAACAUUUCGUGUGGUACGUUUUGCGUCAUUGUUGAACUGUGUGCUUUGUGUUCCGCAUGCACGUUAAAAUAUUGAUCUAAUUAUCAUGAUGUAACAUAAAUUUGAUGUACGAAUUUGAAGAAUCAGGUGAUAGCAGUAUUAUUAUCCCAAAAAGUUCUGCUCACUAUUGCUUCCCUUAAUGAGCAUGUUUCUCUUUGGUGUUAUUUGAUAUAUUUAACUGGGUGUGUUUCUCUUGUUCACAUUGUGUAUAUUUUGCAUCUUUUUCUGCGGAAAACAUCUCUUUGCCACUCUCUCUCGUUAUGAUACAGUCGACAUGUCAGUGUGAUUAUGUGUUCUUUGGCCUACCUCAACAAUGUGAUUUUGUUUGUGUAUUUGCAACCAAUUUUCCUCUCAAAGGACGAAUGUUUGCGGAGCGUGUUUAUAUGUACUUAUAAGAUGACGUAAAAAGACAAAUUGAAUCAGAGUUUCUGCUGAAUUUCCAAAGUGAAAAGAUGCCAAAUGGAAACUUAGAAUCUAUGAAAAAAAUCUAGCUGACAACUCUGACAAGUUGGAGUGCGCGGCGCCGUUGCUACUGGCAACCGCACGGCCAUUUUCCUUUGGACGUUUUUUAAGGGUGGCUAAAUGUGUCAUUUGCGGCUGUUAUUUGCCACCGCGACCAGGCAGUCCAUUAAAAGUGAUUGCUUAAUAGCAAUGUUAUGUCCGUGCUAUUAUGUGGGCGGGUGCGUUUGUGAGUUGCGCUUCUGUAACGCGUGGAUGUGCUAGCAAGUUAUUUACUAAUUUAGUGCUUAUCUCACAGAAUUUCUGUAGAGGUUUAGCUAUAUUUUGUCAAAAAAGUAGUACUUUGUCACCAUCUUGUGGCAUCUAUUGUCCUGUUUCAUUUACUUGCCGAUUUCUUGCUAUUUAUGAGCUCCACCCUUGAGUAGCGGCGUCACGAAAAAGCAAAACACACUAAUGCUAGCUAGCUAAUACUUUGAAAUAAUUACACCACGUAGUCCAGUGUUGGUUUAUUGCAUGUUUUUAUUGUCCAGGUACCUUUUUUCAAGUGUUUUCUUUUUUCUCUCUUGGGAGGUUAUGAAUGUGCUGACUGGGCUGCUGGUUGAUGACACUUCAUGCCGCGCAUAUUUACAUACAAACAAGCAACAAUGGGAACAAUGAUGACAAUGAUAAUAAUAUUAAAGGCACUCUGAUGGUUGCUUUAUACAUUUGAAUGACAUUUGGGGGCUUGAAACUAAAACUGCUUAUCUCAUAA